AGGAGUGAUCAGUGGGGGGGUUGGUGGUGGUAGGAAUAGAAGAAAUGAAAAUUAAAAAAAGAAAAGAAAGGAAGGAGCAUGUGGGGUUCAUAGGCCAGUCUUUCACUGAAAACCAGGGAGCAAAUUGAUCUAUAGCUUUCUUUCUAUUCACUAUUAUAGACUUCUAAGAGUAUACCCCUCCUUUUCAACAGAAUGUGCAGUCUAACACGUGCAAACACCCUUCUUUUCUGCAUUCUCUGGUCAUUUAUAGAAGAUACCUUUCACAUCAGUUACAUGAUCUUUGCUAUUCGGUGUGACUGAUGGAUUUAACUUGUCCUUUUGGAAUACUUUUUUUGUGAACCACUUUUUUCCCCCUGGAUGUGAGUUUCAGCAAGGAAAGUGUAAGUUCUUGAAUGCUCUUUUAGGGAACUAUUGCUUUACUCACACAUUGCACCCAUCAAUUUCACCGGGUAUUGCCGUUUCUCAAUUAUUGUACUGAUAAAAAUUGUACUGGGAUAUUUUGGAUCCCAAUUAUUGAAUUAUUUGUGAUCUAUUUUUACCAAAAGUGGGUCUGUGCUCUCCCUCAUUGGUGUGAAUCAUUUGAAUUGUUAUGUAAUGUGGGAUUUGGAGUUUAUUGGGGUUGUUUUCUAACUUUUGGUUUUGAGUUGCAGAGGCCAGGAAAAUCAAUCUCAUAGUAAUGGGUGAGAAGGAAAUUUCUGUUUUGGAUAGUAUUGGGUAUGACAAGAAGAUUGAUACUCAUAGCAUGGUUCCCAUGUAUUUUGGUGUUUCUUGUGCAUUCUUUGCCCUCCAAGUCCUCAAAAAACCACAUGUUGAGGUUGAAAAAAGAUGGUCUGAAAUUCGUGAUACCAUACUUCAAGGAAGUGCCCAGCUCUUGGGGUUGAUUGUGUGGAAGGUUCAGAAUGGAGUGACAAAUGGGGGAGACUGCAAGCUCAAAAAUGCUGAGAGAGAAGUUGAAAAUCUGAAAAAGAUGAGACAUGAGGAUGCCAAAGCCAAUGAGAAAGUUGUGGGCAUCUUUGCUGCACAGGAGCAAAGUUGGUUGAAUGAAAGGAGGAAACUUCGCCAGCAGAUUGGGGCUCUACUGAAUGAGUUGAGAGUUUUUGAGAAAAACAAGGACACUGCUAUUUUUGAACUGAAUCAGAAAUUGAAGGAAAUGGAGGUUUUGGUUGAGUCAAGGGACAAGGAGAUUGAGGAGAAGAAGAAGGAGCUUGAAGAAAAGCUAACCAAGGCUGAAAAAGAUGCACAAGAACUGAGAGAAUCAGCUAGGAUUGAAGCUCAAGAGCAUUCUUCAGAUCUCAGGAAGCACAAAACUGCUUUCAUUGAGUUGGUGUCAAACCAAAGGCAGCUUGAGGCUGAACUGGGUCGUGCACUGAGGCAAGUGGAAGCUACAAAACAAGAGCUUGGUUCUGUCUUGGAGAAACAAAAGGAGUCAGAUUUGAUGGCCCAGAAAUUAUCUAUGGAGAUUGGAAAAUUUCACAAGGAUUUGGAUCAGAAAGAUAAAAUUUUGUCCGCAAUGUUGAGAAAAUCUAAGAUGGAUACUGCAGAAAAGAAAAUGUUGUUAAAGGAGGUUAAAUUAUCAAAGGCUAGGAGGAAACAAGCCGAGCAAGAAACAGAGAAGUGGAGGGCAGUUACAGAAGGAAAACAUGAAAGACAUUCCCUAAAGAAUAUGUUGGUGAACUUGAGUUCAAGGAUGGAUGUUUUCCCCGGUGCUAGAGGUAUGCAACAUAGCUCAACAGGUUCAUCACACAUUGCAAAGGAACCAGACCAAUUUUCACCCUUUUCUGGUCACUACUUGCCCCAAAGAAAUGAAGACUUAUCUAUUCCUGCUAAUGCCAAGCGUUUGGAAGAUUGGAUGCGAGCUGAGGCAGAAAGAUAUGCAACACUGAUUGAACAAAGGCAUCACUUGGAGCUAGAUGCUUUUGCAGAACAAAUGCAACUCAAAGAUGAGAAUUUAGAGGCAUUUCGGUGGCAGUUGUUGAGAACAGAAUUAGAAACAAAACAGCUGCAGUCCCAUGUGGAGGGAUUGGUCAAGGAUGUGACACAGCUAAGACAUGACAAGAUGAAAUUGGAGACCUUACUUUUGGAGAGAGAAGAUGAACUGAAUUCACUGAAAGAGCAAUUUGCAUCAAAAUUGAGGCCAUUAAACUGCUUUAGAAAUAACUCAAAUUUGCCUCCACAAUCUUCAGAACUAGCCCAAGAUGCUGUCUGGUCCAGAGUCAAGGUUCUCAAGAGAAAACCAGGUGAAAAAGUGAUACAAAUGAUGGAAACUUUGAUUGAGGAAGAUUGUGAAAAAGAAGUACAGUCCAUGCCCCAUGAUCAGUUUAACAAUGCUAAUUUACUUGUUCAAUCUCCAGAAAUUGAGAUUGAAGAAGAAAAGGGUGUUUGUAGGGGGGAUAGUCCUACUCCUAUGCAAAAUCAAAGUCCAAAUCAGGUAGAAGUUGAUGCUGCUGAAAAAAUAGCAUCUACCAGCCAGCAUUUUAAUAAGACAAAACAGUUCCCAUGGAAGAUGGAUCUGCAUGCUCUUGGAGUAUCUUACAAGAUCAAGAGGCUGAAGCAGCAACUUGUUCUCCUUGAAAGGUUGACAGGAAGACAAGCCAAUGAUGAACAAACACAAAUUAAUGAUGAUAGCAAAGUUGGUAUAAAGGCUUAUCUGUCCUUGACUACUUUGUUGAAUAAACAAGUUGGAAGAUAUCAAUCCCUUCAAGAGAGGACUGAUGAUCUUUGCAAACGAAUGCAAGAGAAUGACCUUUAUGCAAAUCGUGGAGAUAUGAAUGCUGCAAGAACAAAGGAGAAAACAUCAACACUGGAGCACUUCCUAGAAGAGACAUUUCAAUUGCAGAGAUACAUAGUUGCAACAGGACAAAAAUUGAUUGAAAUUCAAUCCAAGAUAGUUUCUGGAUUUGUUGGAGUGGCAGAAGAGAUGGAGAAAAGUGCUGGAAUUGACAUGAAGCGCUUUGCUGACAGUAUUAAAAAUCUGUUCCAGGAAGUUCAAAGAGGUCUAGAAGUUAGGACAGCUAGAAUUAUAGGAGACCUUGAGGGAACACUAGCUCGUGAAGGAAUGAUAUGCUUAAGGAGGUAACUUCAAUUUCCUGAGGCAUAGAAAAGGGUCAUUUGUCUAUAGUAUACUUGUUACUAUAGUUCAUUACAUCAAUUUGUAUAUGGAAG